AUGCUUUUCACCAACCAAACCCUUUCGCCGUAUGGUCGCUUUGAAACGUACUUAUCGAAACAAAGCCUGCAUAUCAAGCUGACACUCUCUAUCACGACCUCACUCAAUGUAUAA